AACUUUAAACAAAGGCACGAUCCGAGUCCAUAAUUUUUCAGAUACCUGCAGAGUUACUUCCCUUGUAUUAAAUGGCCGAUUUUAUUGUCGAGUGAAGAAAAACAAGACGAAAAUCUGUUAUCAAUUAGAAAUGGUGCCUUGGAUUUGGUGCUGAUAGCGGGAGAAGGAAUCUUGAACGAUCUCAAGAUGAUGUCCGGUGACGUCGUGCAGCCGACAGAAGGAAAUGGUUUAAAGGUCAAAAAUGAAGAAGAACCCUUGCCCCUGGAUUUGUCAGAUCCAGACCGAGCACAAAAACAGACUGAAUUGAAUAAACGGUUGUCCAAUCCACAGAAAAUUGAUCACGAAAGACAGUUUUCACACGAAGACCAAAAUCCAGAUAAACUGGUUCUUUCAAUACCCUAUAUUUGGCAAUCCAGAUUUUCUCCCACCAGAGAUGAUGAGUCAGAUUCUGACCAACAAAUGGAUCAACUGUCCGGAGAAGAGUCAGAAUCACAGAUGGAUGAACCAAGACAUAUUAAAUUACCAAUUGAGUUUCCCAAUCCCGAUUUUACGCGGCCAGCUGAGGUUAAACCAUUUGAAUGCGGGAUUUGUGGGAAGGCCUUCAAGAAAGUGGGCUGGUUGACCGACCAUAUGUGGACGCACAGCAAUGACACCCCUUACGUGUGUGAAAUUUGUGAGAAGCCAGUCAACUCUAAGAAAGCGUUGAGAAAUCACAUGAAGUUACACAGUGGAGAUAAGCCGUUUAAAUGUGAUAUUUGCGGAAAGACAUUUCGUACGGCGGGAAAUGUGCAAUCACAUGUAUGGACUCAUUCAGAUGAUACACCUUUCAAAUGUCAUGUCUGCGGAAAAUCGGUUAAUUCAAAGGGUUCCUUAAAGCGUCACUCAAAAAUUCACACCAAUGACAGGCAGUUUAAGUGUGACAUCUGCGGCAAAGCCUUUCUGCGCUCGACGCAGCUUCAGACCCACGUGAGAAUUCAUACCGGUGAAAAACCAUUUAAUUGCGAUGUAUGCCACAAAGCUUUUAGCCACAGCAGCGAUAUGAUCCGACACAAAAGGACUCACAGUGAUGACAAACCCUAUAAGUGUGAUCUGUGCGAGAAAUCGUAUACAACCAAUUCUAGUCUAGUCACGCACAAAAGGUCUCACACGGGAGAAAAACCCUACACUUGUAAAGUUUGCCAUAAAACGUACAAUCGUACGAAUAGUCUGAAUAAACAUUUCAUGAGAAAACACACGACAAAUAAAGGAAUAGGGAAUGAAUGCGAUUGCUGCGGGAAAACUUUUGGUCGGAUCCAAGAUCUACGAGUGCAUAAAGAUACAUAUCACCCAGUCGAAUAUAUUGGAGAUCGCGAUCCUAGUGACGAAUCUUAUAGUGAUACCGACGUAUUACCGGUUAUCGGUAAUGUUGGGAAUAAAAGAAAAGGUAGCUCCGAAAAAGAAAAGACAGUUAAUUUACGAAAUAUAAGAAAACGUAACUCCGAUGAAAAUAUCUCUGCUUCACCCAAUAGUGUUAAUAAAAAAAAUAAAUUUAAACCAGGGGGUGGAGCUUAUAAUAAUAACAUGCAGGUUCAGCCAAUACUAAGUGAUGAUGAAUCGCAGGAUAAUAAAACCAAAGACAAAUUGCCAUCCACCCCUAAAUUGACUUCGCCCAUUAAGGAGAAAGAGCAAGGUGAUAGGUAUGAUCUAUCCCAUAAUAAUUCUGUCGAAACAUGUGUAAGUGCAAAUCGCUUCGACACUCUGUCAAAACAAAAAAGCAAUGAUUCCGAUUCUUUCUCAAACGAAGGAAAAUUUGGAAAAAUUAAGAAAAUGUUGCUUUUUCGAUCUAAUUCCGGUAAUAAUGUUUAUACGAUACGUGAAUCACCGGAUAGUGCAUCGGAUGAUGAAAAUGUAUCCAGUGAUUCGGAAUCCGAUUCCAAUAAUACUGAAGUUUACGAUGAAAAUGAAUAUACGUGUGAUUACACUCAUGGAAAGUCGAGAUGAUCAAGUUUAGAUAAUCUGUCAGGUUAAAGAGAUUUCCUAAAUGUCAUGACCAAAUUUGUGACAAUAAAAAUACCUGAAAGUGGCACACAUGAUGCUGAAUAACUCAAGAAGCAACUUGUUCUGUUGUUCAAUAAUUCCCUACAUGUAGGAAAUAGAAAGGAAAUGGAGUUUUAACGUCCAACUACAUGUAAAUGUAAAACGAUGUAAAACUGGCAUCAUUAAUAAUUACAACAUUAAUAACUAUAUUAGGAUACCAUACAUAUAUUACGAUACACUACAUAGAUGUAUUAUUUAAUAUUAUUAUAAUAUGGAACACUAUUACUAUUUUAAUUAAAGAUUCACCCCCCCCC